AUGACCACCGCAGUCGAAAUGAUGCCAUCGUCAUACGAUGAGUUUCCUCCGCGUGUCAACCUCCUUGAACUGUUGGCUCAGAAUCCGCUUCCCCAGCUCGCUCCCGGAUUGGUAGAUCCGACUUCAAUGACCGGUGAUGAGCCCAACAAACAAGCCCGGACUGCAUUGAAUAACUUGAACGCCGCGAUAGCCCACAAUGAUGUGGAGGCGCUGGCCAACUGCUUCUUGGAACACCAGGCAUACUGGAAGGAUCAGUUGGCACUUACCUACCAUUUGCGGACAUUCAAAACAUGCGGAGUAAUUGCCUCAAGCUUGCUCGAGACCAACAAGCUGAGAACCAUCAAAGGGAACAUAGAAAUUGACGGCGAGGCGAUAUUCUCCCCAGCGACGCCAGUUCUUCAAUUCAUUGACUGUGGAAUUGCAUUCGAGACCAUGUCACCGGCCGCUACAUGCAGAGGGAAAGUUGUACUCCUACCAAUCAAAGGCGCCAACAAGAAAAUUGAAUGGAAGAUAUGGGUCCUGAGCACAAUUCUCAAAGAACUUCAUCUGCAGCCGGAAGAUGAGAUGUUGCUUCGCUCCCCUGGAAGAGAGCUUAGGGGAAUCGAGCGCUUUGAAACCGAGGUCUUCAUAAUCGGGGGUGGGAACGCCGCCAUUACCCUCGCGGCCCGCCUCAAAGCUCUGGGGGUUGAGAGUGUUAUGGCAGAGCGAAAUGCCCAGGUAGGAGACAAUUGGGCUCUCCGCUAUGAUAGCUUGCGAUUCCACAUCUCCAUAUCAGUCUGCCACCUGCCUUAUAUGAACUACGACAAGAAGCUUCUGGCUCCCCACCGUCUUUCGAGAGAUGAGUUGGCUUCACAUGUACGACAGUAUGUGAAAACGUUCAACCUCAAUAUGAUCACUUCAGCACACAUCCAGUCAACGGAGUAUGACUUGCCAACCAAGCAGUGGACUGUCAAGUUCCGGACUCCCGCUGGUCAACACAUCGCAACUUCUAAGCACAUCGUCAUGGCUACAGGCAUUGGCUCCCAAAAAUGGAACAUACCGCGAAUAGCAGAUGAUAACCUGUACAAAGGGAUCAACAUCCAUUCGGUGCAGUACAGGAAUGCCGAGCAGUUGAAGGAAAAGGGAGUGAAGUCUGUUUUGAUCAUUGGCUCUGCUAAUACUGCCUUCGAUGUCCUCGAGGACUGUCAUGCCGCAGGACUCCAAACAACAAUGAACGUCCGCUCUCCAACAUACAUUAUCCCACUGGAUUAUGUCUGUAGUCCAGCCAGCCUGGGCGCCUAUGAUGCGGGCGUCGAGCUCGCUGAUGACCUCUUCAUGACGCUCCCAACAGUUAUAGAUGCCCAACUCAUGCGUAAUGUGUUUGCAAAUUUCGCAUCGCAGGAGCCAGAUCGAUACAAAGCACUAGCAGCGACUGGAUUCCCCGUGCUGGACAGCAAUAGCCCAGGAAUUACUUUGAUGCAGAACCUCCUUGAGCGUGCCGGUGGACACUAUGUCGAUGUGGGCGGAACCAAGGUCCUAGAAGAAGGUAAGGCUGGUAUCAAGGCCAAUGUCGAGCCUGUUGCAUACACAGCGACAGGACUGCGGUUUUCAGAUGGUAGUCAUCUCGAUGCAGAUGCGAUCAUAUGGUGCACGGGAUUUGCCGAUAAGAAUGUGCGCGUGACUGCCGCUGGAAUCCUGGGAGGAGACUAUUCGACUGACGCUCCCAAUGAUGCUCGCCAUGAUGCGAGCAGUAUGAACGAGACCAAAGGGAUGCAGAAGCUCGGCCCUCGUGAGAUUGCGGCCCGCAUCGACGCUACGUGGGGUCUUGAUUUAGAGGGAGAGGUCCGUGGCAUGUGGAAGAGGCAGUCGCGUCUUGAUAAUUUCUGGGUGAUGGGCGGUUAUGCGCAGCUACAUCGAUGGCAUUCACGCACAUUGGCACUUCAGAUCAAGGCUGCGCUGGAGGGUGUUCUGCCCCCUGCGUAUAUGGAUACGCCCUCAUCGGCCAAGUUAAGGUCAUCGAAUUCAACUAUAUGA